CAGACGAUUCGAUGCAAAUCACAUGACGAGGAGGUGCUGAACUAUUUACAAGGAUAAAAUGUUUUAGAUCUUGUGACACUGCUGAAACCGUCAAUGAUAAUGCCAGGCCCGGAAGAAGACGGAGUUCGGAGCACGGGGGGUCAGGUUGACGACAUGACGAUGGCCCUGAUUGAUGCUGCCAAUGACAGGACCGAAGAGGGACAAGAACAGAUUUCCCAGGCGCUGUUUGACCUCGGAAAACACAAACCGGCCCUGGUUCUCAGCUGUUGUUACUCUUACCUGAAGAAACACACCAAGCUAGCUCAAGAACAUCGAGUGAUCUUGCUGCAGUGUAUGGAAAGGAUCGUAAAAGAAACCCUGGAUCAGAUAGACACUGGACUAGCCACUGAUCUUAUUAAGCUUGGGGCUCAGGAAAUGACAUGUUCAAAGGAAGUGGUACCUGAGUGGCAGAAUGCAGCAAGCGGCCUCUUGGUGGCGCUCGGUGCCCAGUACUGUGAUGAAGUGAUGGCUGAAAUGUUUGAGAGAUUUCAGCCCGGCACAUUGCCACAUUAUUUUGUUGUUCGGACUAUUGGCAACCUAGCUCAAGCAAAUGUCUACAGAAUGGUGCCUCACCUGACUGCUGUUCUAAGUACCACCCUCCCAAUGCUGGGGAUGGUCAAGCAUGACAACAUGAAGUGGGUCUUCUCAUCAGCAUUGUCCAAAUUCAGUGAGGCCAUUAUUGAAUACUGCGCCAACAUUGACAAAGCCCCAGAUCAAACCAUCACCAAGGACCGCUUCUCCCAGGAGAUUGGUUCCGCAUUUGAUGUUCUAUUCUCUACAUGGCUACAGUCCAAAGAGGCAAAGAUUUUUGGGGCACAUCCAAAGUUGCGUCUGACCAUCGUAGAAGCUAUGGGUCACAUGACACACCUAAUGGCCAAGGAAAAGUUAGAGGAAGUGUUACCGAGGGUGCUGCAGGGAAUUCUUGGAUUGUACAGAAAACAUCCCGAACCAUUUCAUAUCACACAGGGAUUAUGUAAUGUUCUGGAUGCUGUUUGUACCGAGGGGAACACAAUUCUUGAACCUCAACUGGAAGGACUAUUGUCAGCUUUAUUUCCACAGGUGUUUAACCCUCCAGACUACAAUAAUCCACUGAGUAUCAAAAACCACAAUGAAGUGCUGAGGUGCUUUGCAAUAUUAGCCAGGCCUUUUUCUGGGAAGCUGACUGGAAUUCUGCUACAGAGAUUAGAACAAGGAAACGAGAAAGUCCGUAUUGGAAUCCUGACCAUCUUCAAACACCUCAUUAAUGCUGCUAGUGAAGCAAUGGAGGAUAAACAGGAAGUAGUUGUCUCGGGACUUAAAAUGAUGCUCGGGGAACAGAACAACAAGCUCAAGAAGAUAUUUGCACAAGUAAUAAUUGCCAUGGCACACCAUGGUUACCUGGAACUGGAGGGUGGGCAUCAAAUGAUAGAGUUUAUUGUGAAGCAGUGUUCCCUACCCAAUGAUCCACCUGGCAAGCGUUCACCUGAUCCAGAAUAUGUGAGUAACCAGGCAUUGAGACUGAUGUGUGACAAUGUUCUACAACUUUUGGCUACCACUGUAGAAGAAAUGGAACCUGUUCUAUGGCCAUUUUUACUGGAGAUGAUUGUGCCAGAACAGUACACAGAAGCAGGAUGUGUGGUUUGUAAAUGUCUUGCUCAUCUGGCCAACAAGAAAAGAGAAGAAAAGGCAGAGGAUUACGAUCUGGACUACGAAGUUCUGGCUAACACCCCCAAACCAAAUGUAAUGAUAGCAAGAUUAAUGGUUUUAGCUGGUUGUCCCAAAAACAACAGAGAUAGAGGGAUUCAUGUUCUGCAGCUGAUGAAGGGAAUGUCUCCAAACCUGAAUGAUAAUUUAGUGGAACUCUGGGAUACAGUGAUUCCUAAACUCACUCAGUAUCUAGAGGAUGCAAGUAAAGAGGACAGCUGGUCACAGAAAAAUUGGGAAGAUCUAGCACUGAAGCUGCUAUCCAAAAGUUUAGAUGUGGUGGAGAGUGAGGACUGGAUUGCAGAUUUGGGAGAAACUUUUGGAAAUCAGCUUCCUUUAUACAACUCUUAUCCAGAGGAGAAGAAUUUUGCGUACAAGUGCCUUGGUGUCAUUAUGAGAAAAUCUACCAAGAAAGACUUUGUCAACAAGCAUUUGGACUUAAUAUUUAACACAGUCAAGCACACAGACCAAGUGGAAAGGGAGGGUGUCGCUAUUGCUAUGGGUUUCUGUGCUGCGUCCCAUCUCGACCCUGUCUUAGGAAAGCUUGACUCGGUGGCCAAAAACGACAUGGUCCAGAAAUCAGGUGGACUCUUCAAAUUCAUAAAAGACAAGUCUGAGGUGGAUAUAGAGCGUAUUAAGGCCACUCUUAUGCUGUGUUAUGGUUAUGUGGCUUUAUUCUCCCCGGUCAGUUUAAUUGUGUCCAGAAUGGAGGCCACUAUCUUACGCAGCAUCACGCCUCACUUUGUCAACGUAAAGAAUCUCCAGAAUACUGAUCUCAAGAAGUGUAUCAUACAAUGUAUAGGUCUAAUGGGAAAAGCAUUCCACCCAGAACGAGUUAAAAAUAUCAACUUCAUCUUUAACCAGAGGCGAGAGUUUCUACUCUGUUUGAAGAGUUACAUGAAGGCUGAGAGUCUGACUUCCUUGACAACAGAGACUCGGGCCCUAGCGAUGAAUGCUUGUGCCACAUUAGUUAGACUAGAUCCUAAGUUGUCAGAGGCUGAGGAAUUUGACCUGAUUAAAACAGCGACUGACUGCUUGUACCCUCUGCCAAAAGAGGGCGCUGCUGUGAAGAAGGGGAAGGACGAAGUGGAACUAGAGGUUGAGGUCCUCUUAGAGUCCUCUUUUGAGGCACUCUAUGAUCUCCUGAAGGAACUUCUCCAAAAGGACCUGACCACUGAGGGGCUGGACUCCAUUUUUAAGCAUCUUGUUCCAUGGCUAUUGUCCACACAUAGCCAUGAGAGAGAAAGAGCCCUGUGUACAUUCCAAGUAUGUGCACAGUUCCUCCUAGACAACAUGGAUCCAACCAAAAGUAAAUUCACCAAUGAGAGCACAGUGAUUGCGCGGCUUGUCCCACGAUGUACUGACCCAGAUUCAGAAGUUCGACAACUGGCUAUCGACUGUAUUUACAUCUCAUUAAAAAUUGCCUCAAGAAUAGAGGGUCACCCAGCUGACUACAAGGACACUAUGAUUGAGGCCCUCCCCACACUCAAAGAGAGACUGGUCAAAGGAGACCCCAACAUUUUGUUCAGUGUCAUAAAUGACCUCUCCAAGGUGAUUGCGAAGAAGAUGCCAUCCACCCAACUCCAAAACUUCCUAGAGGUCCUACAGGAGGGACUGCUUGACCCCCAGUCUCACAGCUCAUCUGGGGCCUGUGUGGUUCUGAACGGCCUAAUGAAGACUCGGGGGGCAGAGAUCCUGAGUCAGGUGGAUAACAUAGUUACCUCCCUUCACAGUAAACUCGCCAGUAUAGACUUCACACAGACUCGGACUGGGACAUUACGCUCGAUUCGGACACUGGCUACUCACCACUUGAGCUCAGUCCUGAAAACAUUGCUCAAUUAUCAGCUGCCAUAUGACAGUGAUAUGGUAGAGAUUUGGCAGACCCUAUCCCAGGACCCCCAGAUUACCACGGCCAUGAUUGACCACAUGCUGGAAAAGCUUCAUAAAAGUCUGCCGUAUGAAGAGAGACAGAAUGAAGAGGAAGUAACUAGGACAGCCACCAGUUUACCUAUGGCAGUGACUUGUGCUCUGAAGAUAAUAUUUGAUUGUGAAGAGACAGAGGAGCAGGUCCUAAAGGCUUAUCACACCCUGAUGGGAGCACUAAUGUUAAGGAUGGGUUCAUCUGUAGGGGUUAAAUCAGUCAAGCAGAAAGAGAUGGAAAAGGAAGACAAGUCUAAAGGGAAAAAAUCGGUACCUGUGUCCAGUAAAGUUCCUGAACCAAGCAAGGCAGCCGUAGAAACGUUCAGGUCUUUUCUGGUAAGAACAAAGAGUACCGAUGUAAUUGAGGUUCUGACUGAAGAGGAAUGUUGGGAAAAGUUUGAGGAGGAGGAGAAUUAUCCUGAGGCCUUCACAAUACUCACAAGGGCACUAGUGAGCAGUAGUGUGGCGGCCCCGCAUGUGUCUCAGAUUGUGGCGUCACUGACCUCCGCCCUGUCUAGUCUGUACGACCCACAGAGGGUCGUAGUAGCAGCAUUUUUUGCCGAGCUAAUUAACCAAAAGUGUUUGGAUAAUGCAGACCUAGUUGAGCUGGUGAUGAAUAGUUUGUUGGGAAGAUUAGUGGACUCCUCACACAAAGUCCGCAUGCUCUGUAUCCGGGGCCUCGGAAACAUUGCUAGUGUCAGCUCAGAACUGGUAAAAAAAUACUCUACAACAGUGUUGUCUGCCAUGAUGGCAGGAAUGGAUGACAAGGAAGAUCCUGAUGAUGACAUCACCACAGAAGCCAUGAGUGGGUUGUCAAGGAUACUGUGUGAAAUUGAGGAAAGCCAUAUCCGGGCUAUUCUUAUCAAUGUCUCUCUUAAAAUCCGCCCAUGUUUUGAAAAGGAAAAGCCAGCUGUGAGAGCUCAAGCUAUUAUUUUAUUUGGAAAUCUUUCCCGCUUUGGAGAUGGCCCCUCAAAAGCUCCAUUCCUAGAACAAAUCCAUAGCAACUUAGUCAGUCUUCUUCUUCAUUUAAAUGAUCCAGAGACAGAAGUAAAGAAGGCUUGUAAAUUCUCACUGAGGUUAUUAGGCCCUCUAAUGGGGUCAGAGACCAUUAACGGAAAAUUCCAGCGCCAUCUACUGGAGGAUGCUAACCUCAUCUAUGGAGAAUUCCUAAAUGACCUUGCUAAACUCAUGCUAGAUGAAUUUCCAGACAAAAUCAACUUUUAUGUGAUGGGGUGUGUCUCUUUCUUUAAAAGCCUCUGGCCAGAGAUAAAGAGUAAUGCUGCACUGUUCGUGGGUUAUCUACUGGGUAAUUUAUCCGAGUCCAAACAGAACACAAUAUCAAAGGAGCACGUUUGUUCAGCAUUAAUUAUGUUACUGAAGGACCAGACGCCUGCUGUCCGCUGUCGAGCCGCUGAAGCCAUGAGUCUUUUGUACAACUAUUAGACUGUUUUAUUUCUGUUCAGUCUUAGAACAUGUAGAUAGAGAAUCAAAUUCACAUUGAUCAUAUCACAAUGUCCUUAACCCUUAAACACCAAAAUGCUUUAUUGAACUUUUUAAGAUAACCAUGUGAAAAAUAUGAUUCUUCACAGAAGAGUCAAUCUUGGUGAGAAAGCUUUAAAACCAUUCAUUCAGCAAGGAUUGUGUAUAAAAUGUGAUGAAAGAAAUCCAAUACAUUUAACACAAAACCAGCACUCAUCAUGUGGAUAGAUGUUUAAAGACUUAAUUUACUGAUGCAUUUGUACUAUUGUUUUAUUUGAAAGAAAGCGCCAGUAGAUGUUGAACAUGAGAAAAGAGAUGCGUACAUUCCUUUUGUUUACAUCAAUUUUUUGGUGUGCACAUUUAUUAAUAUGAUUAUUAUUUUUAUUGGGGGAAAAUGUAUUGGGCUUUUUGUGCAAUAUAUCAUUGUUUUAUAUAAUGUCUACAUUUAUCUUCUUGUUUUUUUUUGAAUGAAACAUUAACAAAUGUUAUCAAUUCCUAGAUUUUAAAAUUUACAUGUGUUACCAAUUUUAUAGUCGUUUUGUGUCAGAAAACACAGAGUAUAUAUAGAGGAGGGGGGAUAUUGAUAGCAAUAUUUCUAUGGUCCUGUCUUCCUCAGCCAUGCAAACAGAGUUGUGAGAUAUGGUGAACUAAAGUAUGAUUGUAAUUUAAAUCGAAAUGAUUGUGUAUCAAAUUAGAGAUUUAUUGAGUAGUAAGUUAUUUGUAAAUGAUUCUAUUCAGCUGAGGACCCUGAAUAUGGAUAGAUAAAUGUUUCUAGUUUUUUCUUUAUUUAAAAAAGGUACUUUAUACAUGUAGUAUUAAUUGUAUACAGUAUCACUGCAGGGCUCUAUAAUUAUAUUUGUUCUUUUUUAUUUAUAUUGCUGUUAAUAUUGUGUAUGAAUAGCACAAUUAAAAAAAAUGUUAACAUUGUGUAUAAAUAAUACAAUUAAAAAGUGAAGGGCAAGAACAUUCUGUAUGUUAUUAUGUAUGCAGUACAA